UGUGGAGCUGAGGGAGACUAAGAUGUGCUUCUUGCUUAUCACGAAUCACAUCGAGCUUUUCACCAGCUGAGGGGGGAAUGCUGAACGAGGCAAUUUGAGCCAGGAUCAGCUGCCACAACUGCUGCCUUUUCUUUCAAAAAUAAAAAUAAAAAACAAGAACAUUUUAUUAUUUUAUUUCUUUGAUAUCAUACAUUAGUUUUGGUUCAUUUUUAGGGGGGACUAUGACAGCCAGUGCAUUUCGGCUGCAUUCCUGCUGUUGGCCAGGACUAUGAUUUAUCAAUGCUCUCAGCUUUGUUCUCGUGACACACUUGCACUCAUUCAGUCUCAUCAAAACAGCAGAGAGCGGUGAUUUGCCUUCAACUUCUUCGACGAUUUCGUCUGCAGCACGUUCUCACUUAAGCCGCCGCCGCGCUGUGUAGGCGUCGGGAGCCGCCAUGCGGAGCUCCGGCAGCGCCGCUCUGCUGCGCGUCUGCCUGCUGGCGCUCACGGCUCUCUGGAGAACCAGGUCAGUGAAUGCCGAUGCCACAUCGGAUGCCUUUAAUACCAACAUCACCCUGUUCACACGCAUCCUGGACAGCUUGCUGGAUGGAUAUGACAACCGUCUACGGCCAGGCUUUGGUGACAGGAUAACUGAGGUGAAGACAGACAUCUACGUCACCAGCUUUGGACCAGUUUCAGACACAGACAUGGAAUACACCAUAGACGUUUUCUUCCGGCAAAGCUGGAAGGAUGAGAGGUUGAAAUUUCACGGUCCGAUGAAUAUUCUGCCCCUCAACAACUUGAUGGCCAGUAAAAUCUGGACUCCGGACACCUUCUUCCACAAUGGGAAAAAGUCUGUGGCUCACAACAUGACCAUGCCUAAUAAGCUGCUGAGGAUCAAAGAUGAUGGCACUUUGCUGUACACUAUGAGGUUAACUGUGCAUGCAGAGUGCCCAAUGCAUCUGGAGGAUUUCCCCAUGGACUUUCAUUCCUGUCCACUAAAAUUUGGCAGCUAUGCGUACACAAUUUCAGAAGUGACUUACACUUGGACUCGAAAUGCGUCUGCCUCUGUGGAGGUGGAAGGAGAAAGCUCCCGCUUGAACCAGUACGACCUGCUCGGACAAACGGUCGGACAAGAGACUAUCAUAUCGAGUACAGGUGAAUACACGGUGAUGACAGCUCAUUUCCACCUGAAGAGGAAGAUUGGCUACUUUGUCAUCCAGACGUACCUCCCGUGCAUCAUGACAGUCAUUCUCUCCCAAGUGUCUUUCUGGUUGAAUAGAGAAUCGGUACCGGCGAGAACCGUGUUCGGCGUAACCACUGUCCUCACCAUGACCACGCUGAGCAUAAGCGCCAGAAACUCCCUCCCCAAGGUCGCCUACGCCACCGCCAUGGACUGGUUCAUCGCCGUCUGCUACGCCUUCGUCUUCUCCGCCCUGAUCGAGUUCGCCACCGUCAACUACUUCACGAAGCGCGGCUGGUCCUGGGACGGGAAGAGCAUCGUGACCGAAAAGAAAAAAGAAAGGGCGUCUGUCGGCAAGAAGAACAAUGCCUACGCCGUAGCGGUGGCCAACUACGCGCCAAACAUCACCAAGGACUCCGGCACGCUACCGACCAUCGCCAAAGGCGGAGCUAUGGAUCCCAACAAGCAGCGGGCGGACGGCAAAGUCCCCGACAGCAAGAAGACGUUCAACAGCGUGAGCAAAAUUGACCGGAUGUCAAGGAUUUUGUUUCCGGUUCUCUUUGGCAGCUUCAACCUGGUUUACUGGGCCACCUACUUAAGCAGAGAACCCAUUAUAAAGGACAUGGUCCCCUCCACUUAGAGGCCAGCUUCGACGGGUUCUGGUCCGGGGACUAACAGACGAACCAAAUACCUCCAGCAGCUCUGCACACAUACCUUUGCAGAGUGACGUCCUGGAUUGCGGUGUGAUCCUCUAUCUCCGCCUGUUUUCUACACCGUCUGCAGCACUUUUGAAAAGGUCGGCUUUUGUAAAUGUGUGUGUACCUUUCUAUUCAUGGUGACAUAUGUGAUUACUUUGAUUAGAGUGCAUAUUUCCUUGACGGUUUGUUUCCAGUUACAGUAUGGGGCCACUGUACAUAGAAAUCCAAUGAAGAGCAAACACAUGAACACGAACACACACAUUUAUUUAGGAUUAUUUCUAAAAGUGUUGAAUUGUUCAGGUAACGCCCACUCCAGGCACUGUCGCUGUGUAAACGUUGUUUUCUUGUCUUUGACUGCAGAUAUGGGGCUGCAAUCUCACUGACCUUAAGAAUUAUUGAAACACUCCAAGCCCGAAAAAAUUAAACAUAGGAAGCUGCAGCAUUAGUGUGCUUGUGCAUUAAAUACUGUUUAGUUCUGAUACAAGUUAUUAACAUUACAAUGACGGAAGAAGCUGAACUCCAGAUGCACACAGUGUGUGUCGAGGUAAAAGUCUCAGUUAUGUCACGAAUGCUUUAUUUAGUCACACAGUCAGAAAGUGGUUUAUAUCCCGACAUAUGGAAAAGUUGAUAUUCAGAGUGUGAUCUUUCUUUUGGGAAAAGAAAAACGACCGAUGCAAAAAUCUAUUUUCACUGGAAACGAUUAACAUUUGAAAAUGGAGGUUUAAUCCGUGACCUGUAGAGGGCCCUAAGAUCAGAGACACACAGCCCCAACUGAGCAUUGUCUGAUAAUGUUUUUGCCCAACAUAUUAGCAAACAAAGUGCCUAUUUAAGCAAACGACAGACAGUAGCAGCAUUAUCAUCACGUUGGACGGUGUUUCCCCCUUACAAAUGUGCUCGCUCAUCCUCGCUCUGUUUUGGUCUCCACCAACUCCUGAGUUCAGCCUUGUAGAUGUUUGAAUUCCUCACCAGCCAGCUAAAUUGCUUGCUUAGCUUAAUCUCAGUCUGCCACUAGAUACAGUACAGUGCGGUUUAAGAACAAUGUUCUGUAGCGCUUAAAAUCCCAAACAAUUGAGCCACGAGGGGCUGAGAAAGCAAUCCGAGCAGCCAAGCUGGCGACUAUUUUGUGUCUGUACGUCGGUCGGGGGGACGCCUCUCACAGUAGCAUUGGCACAUGCAGAUUUUUUAAAUGAUUCUUUUGCCUAUCAAUAAAACUGAAAACGUCUCUUAAAAAAUACACUAAAUUUAGAGAUUGCAAAUUUUGAAGAAAAGCAUUUCAAACAAUUUGCUGAAUAAGCACACUAAUAUGAAUUUCUUUUCAUCAUUACGUCUCUUUUAUUCUAUUCUGCACAUUUAUUUAUUUGAUCAAAAUUAACCAACAAAUGCGUUCAUAUACCAAUGACUGGUUUACACAUGUUUCUAUUGCCCCCCCCUCCCUCCCAUGAUGGUGGAGGUAACUCUGUGUCUGUCUCUGUGCCGGAGCAAACUGGAGCACCAAGGCAGAAUUAAUCAGCACGUCUGCCAUUACAAGUUUUAGGUUAUUAUUCAUAUCCAGUCUCUGGCUCAUCACAACACAUUUAAUGAUCCCACAAGCUAUUUUGAACCAAUUACAGAUAUGAGAGGGAUAGGCCUGCAAACACCGGUCGGUCUGUGCCAGAUGAACCGCGUGAAUCAUGUGUGGAUGACGUCACGUUCCUCUGCCAGAAACUCUCCUAUGUAACAAGCCUGAAGUGAGACUACCCAGCCAGGAUUUGGGACGGAUUUAUUCUUUUUUUAUUAAUAUCAUGAAAUUGUAGCUUCAACUCAUAUUUGUAUGCAGAUUGAUUGCUGUUUACCCAGAACCUCUAGACCAGCUCAGAAGCCAUAAACAGUCAUCAUGCGAUCCAUCGCCAUCAGCGUCAAUACAACAGGGACAACCAGUGAUUCUACUUUAUGAGCUUAUUGUUGUAUGCGUCUAUUUUGAAGACCGAGUCGCUCCAUCGGGCUCCUCUAUAAAUAUCAUGUUCAGCCCCAUAUCAGUAGCCUUAUACGGUUUGGAACUGUGUUAUACCUUUUAUAGGUAGGAUUUUGCUUCACAUUGAUAGUUUAACUUAAUUUCACUGUUGAAUCAAAGUUUGCAUGAAGAUUUUUUUUUUUUUAUUAUGUUGUUGGGCAUCAAUUGGUUUUUAACUCCAAUUUUUUUCAACAUCCUGAUAGAAAUCUUAAACAUUCCAGAUAAAGUGAUUGUUCACAAGGUGGAUGCCUGAUUCAGUGCACAGUUUCUAAUAAAAAACACAUAUCAUUUCAAUUA